AGUUAAUGGUGCGAAAAAUAUCGCCAAUUCGCAAAGUAAAGUGAAUGAGACCCAAGGUAUUUUUUUUCGUCAAUCCAUUCAGUGAUAGAAAACUUUCCAGAUGUAGAAUCUGAAGAAGAACUCGAACUGAACAACAACGAGUACAAGCAGUCCGAAAAAGCAUAAUUUACAAAACCAGCUCAAACAAGAGCAAGAAAAUUUAAAAGUCCAUAUGCUUCUGCUUCCGAAAGAAGAGUCACUGAAAAUUCUAAUCAUCGGAAUAGUAAAAAAUGUGCAUACUGCAAAAAAGAUACUGAUUUGACUGAAGUGUUCACAAAAUCGAUGGAACUUUUAGAAAGACGACUUUUACAUCAUAUUAACAGAAGAUUAGAUACGUUGUCAGAUGCGGUAGUAAUAAAUCAAGCUGCAACUACAAUCUCUGAAAUUACGGAGAAACCAAUUUUGAAAACUUUGCCAAAAGAAACGGUACAAGAUUUUAAAGAUUUUGACCAAACUCUUAGUAAUAAUGAAGAAUCUCUACUUCAUGUGGUUCACUUCAUGCAUCUUUAUGCAGCACGCGCGAAAUCAGCCAACGUUGCAAUCGGUAUUAUAUUACCGAGAAUCAUUAAAAAGGAAGUUCAAUUAAAGUACAGUAAGGCAGGAAUACCAUUUCACGGAAUAUCGAAGGAAAAUUUUUCCGCCACGACAACAUUUAAAUCUUUAGAAAGAGUUCUUUUGGAUGUAUUCAAGAACGAAACACAAAAGACGAUUGGAACAGCGGUUAGUAGAUGGCUGUCAAAUGCUGUUGAUCGCGAGGGAGGAAAAAAGAAACGGAUGCAAGAAAAUGCCCGUCAAGCAGAGUAAAUAAAAAUCAUUUAAU